UCUUUGUGCCAAUCUCGAGGCCCAUGGCGCCACAACACGGUCCACGAGGCCAUUCAUCAGCCAUGUACGUGUAGGUACGACUGUCAAGAGGCUCAGUCGUCGUGCUCUUGGCUCCAGUAUUUAAGACCGCAAGCUGCCUCUUCAAAUGCUCAUCGAGCCAACACUCCAUUCACCACCAGAUCCAAACAAGACUGCCUCGCUCUUUUCAACAUGAAGACAAACACAGCCUCCCUUUUGGCGUUGGCGACUGCCGUCUCUGCUCUCCCCUCGCCCGUACAGAAGCGCGCUUGCGACGCUCCUGUCAAGCUGAGCGGAAGUGAGAACGCCUUCGCAUCAUACACCCUUCAUCCCAACUCCUUCUAUCGUGCCGAGGUUGAGGCCGCCGUCGAGGCUAUCAGCGAUGCCAGCCUGAAAGAGGCAGCGGCAAAGGUUGCUGAUGUCGGCUCUUUCCUAUGGCUUGACACCAUUGCAAACAUUGAACGACUUCCUACUGAACUAGCCACCGAGAUCCCGUGUGAUAACAUCCUGGGCCUUGUCAUCUACGAUCUUCCCGGUCGUGACUGUGCUGCAAAGGCUUCCAAUGGUGAACUUGCUGUGGGAGAGGUCGACCGAUACAAGACCGAAUAUAUUGAUGUGAUUGCUGGGAUCCUCAAGGAAAACCCCAACCAGGCUUUCGCCUUGAUCAUCGAGCCUGAUUCGCUUCCCAACUUGGUCACCAACAUCGACGAGCAGGCGUGCCAGGACUCUGCUGAAGGCUACCGGGAGGGUGUAGCGUAUGCCCUGGAACAGCUUAAUUUGGACAACGUCGUGAUGUACAUGGACGCUGGCCAUGGAGGCUGGUUGGGCUGGGACGCUAACCUCGACCCCGGUGCGGAGGAGCUCGCCAGUGUGUACAAGGCAGCAGGCUCCCCCAGCCAAUUCCGUGGCAUCUCCACCAACAUUGCUGGAUGGAACUCUUUCGACCUAACCCCCGGCGAGUUCUCCGAUGCUACUGAUGCCCCUUACAACAGUGCUCAGAACGAGCAGCAAUACGUCAAACUAUUCGGUGCUGCCCUCAAGACCGCCGGCAUGCCCAACCACGCCAUCGUCGAUACUGGCCGUAAUGGUGUCACUGGUCUCCGCGAGGAAUGGGGCCACUGGUGCAACGUUGAUGGCGCUGGCUUUGGUGUCCGUCCUACUUCCGAUACUGGUGAUGAGCUCGUGGAUGCCUUUGUCUGGGGAAAACCAGGCGGUGAAUCUGAUGGAACUAGCGACACCUCUGCGGACCGAUACGAUUCUUUCUGCGGUAUGCCCGACGCAUACACACCGUCUCCCGAAGCUGGCCAAUGGAACCAGGCAUACUUUGAGAUGUUGCUUAAGAAUGCCAAACCGGCGUUCUAA